AUGUUCAAAGGCCACGAACGUCAGCGCGAGGCCGGCGUUUUGCCUGAGCAGCAGGCUCUGAACUCACAGCCUGCCAGUGAGCAGAAUGCCACCAUUUCCAGUUGUGAGGAUCCAGCUCUCGCGCCAGGAGGAGAAUCUGUUCGGGUCCUGAAUCAGGAUCCCGCGAUGGAACCAAGUAUGGACGAUGCGACUCGUACCGGAACGGGCGACCAGUCGUCUUUAGGCACACGCCGUCCCCAGCAGCCUCGCGCCAUGAUUUCCGACGAUGGGCCUGAGCAUGUUGAUGCCCACGCCAACGAUGCUCCCACCGUGAGCCACGAACUUGCAGACCAAGCCGCCAACAGACCCCUUGAAGAGAAAGGAUACGCCGAGAUCAAUCAUGGAGAGGUCGAAGUGAAGAAUCUUGGCUGGAACACGGAAAACACAAACAACGUCCCUAGUCCUCUAGUCGGUGGCCUGUCAAAUGAAGAGCUCUGGGUUCUGGUCCGCCGCUUUGACAAACAGCUGUUUCACGUCAAGGCUAUCCCAGAGGCACCGUUGGCUGAGUUGGAUCUGAAUAUUGCCGACGAGGAGGAAUUUUCUCCCGAUAAGUUGCGCUCUCACAUUGAACGACUGUACAUGACGGUACUCGUUGGCCUUUUUGCUUUCUGGAAACAGAUCGUUCGCCUGCGAUCGUGGCGCGAGUACCGGCGCACAUCUGCCUUCCUGGUCGUCUACGUUGUCGCCUGGCUCUUCAAUAUCCUUCUUCCAACAGUCCUUAUCUUCCUGGGUACUCUAAUUCUUUACACACCAGCGAGGAGCUUCUGCUUCCCACCGGCACCUCCAUCCCUCAUCGACAGUUCUACUGGUGGCGUCAAGACGCCGUCGGCAGGCCUACUCGCCUCCGACGACUCCGUCACCGGUGCCCCUCAGCAGUUCCAAGGCGAGGCGGUUGAGAAAGAAGCUCACAGCUUCGUCACUAGCAUCUCCUCGCUCGUCGUUUCCACGGCAGCGGGGAAGCAACCUCAAGGCGAUCCUCCCCAAAACUCCUCCAUGGACGCGAACCUCGAAGCUGCCCCGGACCCGGCUGACGUUGCUGAAGAUAUCGUUGACGCCAAGGAUAAGACAGGCGGCGAAAAGCCGGGCACUCACGACAAGACGAAGAAACCUGUAACCCGCAACGUCUGGGACAAGGCGAGACCUGUGAUGCAUGGUAUUGCCGAUUUCGUCGAUACAUACGAGAGAUUCGGCAACGCGCUUAGUCCUACAGCGCCAUUCCACACACACAGGCCGCGUCUGAUUCUCGCCAGCGUCUUGUUGCCCCUUUUCUUUGCCUCUUUGCUCGUGACUCCUCACAUGGCGGCGAAGGGCUUCGGCUUUAUCGUUGGCUUCAGCUUCUUCGGGGACCCGGUCAUCCAGCGUGGCAUUGCUUUUGUCGAAAGAAAGGUGCCAGAUUGGCAGAAGUACAUUGAAUUGCGCAACACACUUCUCAAGGGCAUCCCCACGAACGCUCAGCUUACCAUCACCCUCCUCCGUAUCGACCAAGAAGAGAUCGACGAAGCCGUGCAGCCCGACGAGGAGCUCCUUGCGCCUGCCGAGUCAGAGACGCCCGAAAAGAAGCAAAAGAAAGGGCACCGCAUCGUCAACUUCAUCAAGUCAACAGCCAAGGGCGGCAUCAACACAACCCUCACUGCUAAUAAGGUCAAGGCAAAAGUUGGCAGUCACCACGCCAAGGACAGGCUCGGCGUCGUAAAAAAGGUUGAUCAGCCUGAUCCGGCCAAAGGACCCGUGCGCUUCCCAGCACGCUAUGGUGGAAAGCGCGGUCACGCAUACAUCACAGCUACGGCAACGACGCCUGCUCUGAGCUGGACGUCAGAGAAGGAAGAUGCGCAUCCGAAGUGGAGCGUGACAGUCGGAGAGAUUGCGGAAAUUCAGAAGCUUGGCGGUCUGGGCUGGAAGUCUAAGAUUGUGGUUGGAUGGGCGACCAACCGUGAAGUUGCAGACUCACUUCUCAUUAAGGAUGACAUUGGCAACGAGUAUCAUCUUACUGCCAUUGAGACCAGAGAUGAACUAUUUAAUAGGCUUGUUGCUAUGGGAUCGCAGAUGUGGGAGGCUUGGUAA